AUGACUCCAGCCCAACUAGUACCUCACUAUGCGACUUUCAUGUGGCCGGGGAUCCGCGCAGCUUUGACCAAGAUGACAAUAACCGGGUUAAUCACUAUUUUGCAGUUUCUAAUAAUGCUUCUGCGACCAGAUAUAGUUGGCAAAGAUAACAGGACUCGUAUCGAUUCAAUGGCAGAGCUACUCGGUAGUUAUGACUUUGUGAUAGUUGGUGGAGGAUCUGCGGGGGCUGUACUUGCUAACAGAUUAACGGAAAAUCCAAACUGGACCGUGUUGCUACUGGAGGCUGGGGAUGCUGAAGGAGUUGUAUCCGAAGUACCUGCUCUAGCUUUACUUCUUCAGAACACGAAUUCUGAUUGGGCUUUCAGAACUGAACCUUCAUCGACUUACUGCCAAGGUGCGGUCAACAAACAAUGCAAUUGGCCCAGAGGUAAAGUACUUGGAGGGAGCAGCGUCCUCAAUUACAUGCUGUAUAUACGAGGAAAUCCAAGAGAUUAUGAUCAAUGGAGAGAUUUUGGAAAUCAUGGAUGGGGAUACGAGGAUGUUUUACCAUAUUUCAAAAAAUCUGAAAAUAUCUCAAUAACCGAUCUCCGUGAAUCGCCAUAUCAUGGAACCACUGGACAUUUAUCAGUUGAACACUUGAAGUAUGAACAUCCGAUUACACGAUAUUUUCUGAAUGCUACUUCUGAAAUGGGCUACAGUGUGGUAGAUGUGAACGGAAAAACGCAGACUGGAUUUAUGCGUACACAAGUCACCGCUGAAAAUGGCCUUCGAUGCAGCACGGCGAAAGCCUAUCUGCGAUCUACAGCUGAUAGGAAAAAUCUACACAUUAGUACGAAUUCUCUGGUCGAUAAGAUUCUCAUGGAUGAAACUACGAAAACAGCUUACGGUGUUGAAUUCGUCCGAGAAAACAUGAGGUUCACCGUUCGCGCAAACAAAGAGGUAAUUCUCUCAGCGGGCGCUAUUCAAUCCCCUCAACUGCUAAUGCUCUCAGGAAUCGGUCCGCGAGAACACCUAGAAGAAUUUGACAUUGAGGUUAUUCGCGACAGCCCAGGAGUCGGGCAAAACCUCCAGGACCAUGUGGUGAUCGGUGGGCUCGCUUCUCUGAUUGAACCACCGUAUCAUCUUAGUGAAUCAAUGUUAUCACAAUUAGAAGAAUUUAUGGUGGAAGAAAAGGGUCAAUUGUAUGAUAUGCCCGUAUGCCAAGUAAUUGGUUUCAUCAAUACCAGUUAUGCUAACAGUACUCUCGAUUUUCCGGACAUCCAAGUCUUUCUUGGUUCAAACGCCCUAAAUACUGUGAGCGUGUUUGUUAAAACCGCCCUCGGCCUCACAGACGACUUUUACAAUAACAUAUAUUCGGGAAUAAUAGAUCAAAAUGCCUAUGGGGUAUUCCCGUUAUUACUGCACCCGAAGAGUAGAGGCUAUAUCAAGCUGAGAAGUGCUGGCAUCACGCACCAUCCAAUCAUAGUUCCGAAUUAUUUCAGUGACCCGCAUGAUCUAGACGUUUUGAUAGAAGGAGUCACUUUCGCCUAUAACCUUAGCCAAACCUCGACUAUGAAAAAAUUCAACGCACGUCCCAAUUCCAACGUGAUUCCAGAGUGUGCCCACUUGAAUUUUCCAUCUCGUGACUAUUGGCGUUGCCAUGCAUCAUUUUAUACAUUGACAGGCUAUCAUCCUACUUCCACUUGUAAAAUGGGACCUGCUGACGACGAAAUGGCUGUAGUAGACUCACACCUGAGGGUCCACGGGGUGAAUGGUCUUCGGGUUGUUGACGCCUCAAUUAUGCCAACCAUAGUAUCCGGUAAUACCAACGCUCCAACUAUUAUGAUCGCCGAAAAGGCAUCAGAUCUUAUCAAGGAAGAUUGGAAUCAAGCUAUUUACGUUGAUGAUUCAAAGAGUUCUUCAAAAGCUUCAAGCAUUUGGAGGCGUUAA